AUGAAUGUUGGACUGUUGACACUGCCCUGCCUUUUUGCACGGCACGGCUGGUCAGCAGGCAUCCUCAUGGCUUUCGCGGGUGCCUCAUGUGCGUGCACGGCCUUGUUCUUGCAGAACAGCAUCCCCUUGCCUGACUUCCCAGACCUGGCGCGGGAGGCCAUCGGCGCCCGCUUCGCUGUGCUACCUGGCAAGCAUCAGAGGCCUAGGCUCUUCGUAGCUGAGCGCUUUCAGGUUGCUUUGGCCGCCAUUUCGGAUCGGCUCUUCGCAUACUGCGCCUUGAUGUCCACAACCUCAAUGGUCGCCAUCUUCGCAAGUCUUUUGCUUUGGGGCACCGUGUCUCGACGAAUUCGACCAGGGAUCUUGCAUCCCCUGAUCCCCUGCGUAAUGCACAGCACGCGCUCGCGGCAUGAGUACAGAUCAGCGUUGCGGCUGUCCUGGACCUUUUUCUCGAUCUUCGCCAUUGUGGCGGGCGGCAUGGCCUUCUACAUGAUUGGUGUGGACUUGCCGGCUGGAAAUGGAGGUUUCAAGUCUGUGCUGGUGACGGCUCCCUUGCUUUGUGCAGUGGCCGGAGUAUCACAGCUGCUGUCUCCCUAUGUCGCUGCCUUCGAGAGUGCCAUUGGCUGCGCAGGGUCCUCGGGUGAGUUUAAGCUGCCGAACGGGGUCAUCACCAGCUUCAACGCCUUGUUCUUUCCCAGCCUCACAUAUCUUGCUAUUUGUGGCCUGGACGAUUUGUGUUCCAGACAUUCUUGCGAGCUUCAUGAAGAUUCACCCCUCAAGGGAACUUUGAUCCAAGCGUCCAAGAAGCUUUCAUUGGGUUGA